CAUCGAAUUGUUCCCCCAUUGUUAUUUGACAGCCCACAAGACAGAAAGAUUUCGAUACGGGUUACUUGGGACAACAACUGCUGCAAAUUUGAUGAUUACAUUGACGCCAAGACAGCAUCAAAUCACCAGCCAGAGAUUGCCAAAGUCGCAAAGAUCAAGCGUUGGAUGCAGGCCGACAUCGAUUGCAUGAACCUUUAUCAGCGAGUCAGGGGCAGGCGAGAUUCGACAACAGGGCAGAGAUGCAGCCAAGAAUGCGACGCUUCCCUCGGCCAGAGAAAUGCGGAGACCAGCCCCGCGCAGCCAUCCAACGCUUACGACGUUAGGCGGACCUUCCAAUCUCGUUAGUGAGGGUCAACCGGAUGCCCGCCUUUCACCUGUACUAUAGCAAUUAGGUGGGUGGGCAGUUCUGGGCAACAUGGCAGUAUUUCCCAGUGCCCGCAUCUUGUCCGUUUUACCGUCAACGUCCACCCCAAGUGCCACCGAUGCCCACCCCAAGGCCACCAUGUCCGCCCCCCCAGAAUCCAGUUGUGCACGAGCGUGGAUCUCUUGAUUCCAGCUGAGCCCAACUUGGAUCAAAUAGGGACCAAAACUAGUACGCUACUUGCCUAGUAUAUCGCUCCCGGACGGCCCCCAAAGGAGAUUGCGUCCCACCAAUAAAUGCAUCAACAUUCGGCACAUGUGCCGGAGCCCGUACCGGCUGGCACCUCACGGGGUGCGCAGUACCCUAUCUGCAUCUGCAUAAAACCAGUCAACAAUCCCGUCUUGCAUCUGGCAUCUUUUUGGUGAUGUUUUCGCCUCAUCCCGCCGACAGCCUGAUCUACGCCGCUGCCCUCCCCGCGAGCUCAAACCCUUGUUUGCCAAAAAGCCGACUUCGACUUGAACAAAACGUCCCCUCAGGAAAAAAGAAAAGAUGCUUCCCAAGUUCUUCACUCUCCUGGCCACCGCCGUCUCGGCCGUGGCAGCCGGACCCCUCGCGGCCCGGGACGUCAUCAACCACGAUGCUGUCGUCGGCUUUCCGCAGUCCGUGCCCAACAGCAACGCGGGCCGGAACAUGCUCCGCUUCAAGCCGUGGCUCAAGGUAUUCAGCGGCUGCGUGCCGUUCCCUGCGGUGGACCAAUGGGGCAACACUGGCGGCGGUCUCAAAACGUCGGGCAGCCACUCGUCCGGCUGCUCCAAGAACGUCGGCCAGGUCUACGCUCGGGCGGGCACGCAGGCGGGACGCGGGGCCAUCAUGUACUCGUGGUACAUGCCCAAGGACUCGCCGUCGCCGGGCAUGGGCCACCGCCACGACUGGGAGAACGUCAUCAUCUGGCUCGACGACGUCAACAGCGCCAACGCCCGCAUCAUCGGCGCCUCGGCCUCGGGCCACGGCGGCUACGACACGCGCGACAGCAUCGCCAGGGACGGCGACCGCGCCCUGAUCCGCUACUUUAGCAACUGGCCCCUCAACCACCAGAUGGGCUUCACCGGCGAGAGGGGCGGCGAGCAGCCCCUCGUCAGCUGGGACACCAUGACCCAGGCCGCCAGGAACGCCCUCGAGUGGACCGACUUUGGCGCCGCUGGCGUGCCCUUCAAGGAUGGCAGCUUCCAGAACAACCUGGCCAAGGUUUUCCAAUGAGCUUUGUUGGCUUUUUGGGUUAGGGCUGGGUCUUGCUCUGUCGGCGUUGAAAUCAAAUUUAUGUCUAGUAUUUAUUUAGUUGUACAUCAUUUCUUUAAUACUGUAUCUACUUUAUUGCUUAAUUAACUACCUACUUUUUAC